AAGAUUCAUCACUUAUGUAUAAAAAUGCCUUAGAUUUAUGUGCAUUGAUCUUAUAUCCCGCUACUUUACUGAAUUCACUUAUGAGUUCUAAAAGUUUUCUGGUGGAAUUUCCUGGUUCCUGUAAGUAUAUAAUCAUUUUCUUGAAACAUCCUUGUCAGUUUUUGGCAUGAAGAAGAUUCUGCUUCUGACUGAGAAUAUGACCAGGAUUUCAGGUAUGGCUGGGGUCAAAAGCAGAAUAUGCAGAUCAGUAAAUGUUACAGAAAUAAUUUUGUCUUUUUGUGGGAAGGUAUGACUUCUAUUAAUAGUCAAGAAGAUUUCUGUGAUAUUUGAACUUGUGUGAACAGGGUUGAUGAGGGCAGAUUUAGGCAGAACAGAUCUCCAGGCAAAUAUCAUAUACCCAAGUUCACCUGCAAUUAUAGUUUGGAACUUCCAUCUUUCUAUGGCUUUCAAAGGGAAGCCAUAGGCCUUGGGAAAGUGGGUCACUCCCACUAAAACAGCCCAACUGAGGCAGCCAUGAGAAGCAGUACUUCAAAUCAGAAGUUGUUAUGCAACAGUUUCUCCAUCCUGGGACUAGCAUCUCUUCCUUCCACUUCUACUUUCAGAAGGAAUGUAAGGAUCCACUUCUCACAGCUUCCUUUUGUGAUAUAUAUGCACACACACACACACACACACACACACAUGCAUGCACACACACAAUGGUCUAUUUUUCAACUAUAAAAGUGAAUAAAAUCCUGUCAUUUGUAAUUUGCAGUAGUAUGAAUCAUCCUGGACAUUAUGUUAAGUGAAAUAAGAUAAUCAGAGGCAAAUACCACAUGUUCUGCUAUAUACUUGGAAGCUCAAAAGUUUGAACUCCUAGAAUUAGAGAGUAUAAUAGUAGUAACCAGAACCUGGGGAGGGAACAAGGAAGGUAGAUGGAUAGAGGAUGGUUAAUGGGUACGGGGGGGCUGCUGCGUAGGAGAAAACUUCUAAUGUUCUGUAAGCUCAGUAGGAUAUUUACAAUUGACAACAGUUGUAUAUUUCAAAAUAGCCAAUAGAAUUUUGAAUGUUCCCAUUGUUCCUAACACAAGGAAAUGGUUAAUGUUUAUUUGAUGAAUAUGCCACUGCCCUGAUAUGCUCAUUGUAUAUUGUAUACAUAUAUUGAAAUAUCACACUGUACCUCAUAAACAUGUGCAAUUAUUAUGUGUCAAUACAAAUGAAUAAAGGAUCUGGGCAGGUCAGAGAUGUCACAGAAAUCACCUAGAAUUUCCUGUUUCUCUGAAAAAGAAGGGGUCUGUGCUUCCAUUUUUCCAGGGGAUUGGGACAACACAACAUUACAUGUUUUGCUGACAAAGCAUGUAAUGAUUAGUGAAUGCUGUAUGUGUAUGAGCAACUAAUCAUACUGAUGUAUGAUCAAUAUAUAUUAACCAAAAACAAAAUAAAAAUCUAUAAUGGUAGAGAGAGGAAGAUAGAUUAUUCCCCAUCUCUUUCUUCAGAAACCAGUAUCUUUUCCAUAAACCUAACAACAGUCAGGGACCAAAUUCCACUCCUUGUUACCAUGAAGUCUGUGCUUCUAACCUCUGUGCUCUGGCCUCAGUUCACACAUCAUCUGUAGAAAAUUUCAGUUUGGACUUGAACCUCAAAUCAGGAGCAACAUUCAUUGAUUGAGAUUUUAGAAACCCUAGGGAAAUUAAAUCAUAUGAUUUCUUUGAAAAAUCUUGGCAGAGAAUGAUGUGAACAUCAGAGAGCCAAUGUUACCCUAAAUAAUGUAAAGAUAAAUAUGUGGGUUAUGCUGGUAACUCUUGUUCUCAAAAGUGACCAAUUAGUUGCCUCUGGGGAACCAGCCCUCCUUUUGCUUUUUACCCUUGUUUCUUCAACUCCUGAUGAGGUUUGGGAGCAGUGUUCUCUGCUCACUGGCUGGGACUAUCUUGCUUGGAACCAAAUACUUGUGGGAAAACUUUCACAGAGAUCUUAGACUUGUGUGUUGGGAGAUUCUCACUUAUAAUUCAAUGGAUCAAGAAUGUUUUUUCACGUGGGAAGGUGUGUAGAUGAAGGUAGGGCAACAGAAAGUUUCUUGGAGAGGAUGCACCCAAAACAAGUCAGUACUUCAGUAGAAGCUAUGUCUCUGCAGCUCCCAGUCCUGGAUCACAGAACAGGCUACUACUCCUGGUCCUUGUGCAAGAGGCAAAUAGUACUGCUGCAUAUUAGGCUGGGGAUUGCACAGUGGGGGAGAUAGAGCCAGACCUUUCACCAGAACCUAAGCAUUCUCAGAGAUAAGCAGCAGCCCAGGAUACAGGUGGUAGAAUAUGGUUGUUUUAUUCUGUUUGCUGCUCCAUGGGGUUUCAGUAUUCAAGGCCAAUACCCUGUUGUGAUGUGAAGCAUUCUGCACUACAGAUAACAUGGGUAACUGGCCUUAUCUGCAGGGGUACUGGGAACAGGGGAUUCAUAUUUACCUCACUCUGGGAAAGCAGGCCUUGGCAAGUAAGUUUCCUUUUCCUCUCCUUUUCUUUAACUCAGAGAAAGUUCUUGAUUUAUUGGAGGAGAACAGCUGCAAGAAGAGCAAGCCCUACCCAGUGAGGUUCCUCUUGUGAGUACCUGGACUUGGGGUCUGGUAACUCAGUGAAACUACACUGUCCCCUGAAGUGGAAACAGAAGCUCCUUAAGACUGUCCUGCACUCCCUGUAGGUCAGAGAAUCUAGUCCAAAGUAAGAAAAAAUAAAAGAAGCCCACUGGCUGCUCUGAAAAGCCAUCUUUGCAUUGUUCCUGGGUCCAGCUCCUUGCUCGCUGCAGCUACCUCCGCUGCAGUGGACUCCAGCAGCUUUAUCGCCAGAGUCCCUGAACUCUCGUUCCCUCCUUAACACACUGCAUGGGCUCACCGGCGUGCCCCGUGUCAGACGCGGCCGUGGACACUAGCUCCGAGAUCACCACCAAGGACUUAAAGGAGAAGAAGGAAGCUGUGGAGGAGGCAGAGAAUGGACGAGAUGCCCCUGCUAAUGGGAAUGCUAAUGAGGAAAAUGGGGAGCAGGAGACUGACAAUGAGGUAGAAGAGGAAGAGGGUGGUGAGGAAGAGGAGGAGGAGGAGGAAGGUGAUGGUGAGGAAGAGGAUGGAGACGAAGAUGAGGAGGCUGAGGCAGCUACGGGCAAACGGGCAGCCGAAGAUGACGAGGAUGAUGAUGUUGAUACCAAGAAGCAGAAGACCGAUGAGGCUAACCGGACAGCAAAAAAGGAAAAGUUAAACUAAACCUAAAAGGCCGCCGUGACCUAUUCACCCUCCACUUCCCGUCUCAGACUCUAAACCUGGUCACCUUGGAGCAGAGAGGCGCGCCCGCCCACCCCCCGCGGGCAGUGCCACCCGCAAACGACACGCACUCUCCACCACCCAACCAAAUCACGACGUGAAUUUGCAACAGGGGAGGAAAAAAAAGAAUCAAAACUUCCAAGGUCCUGCUGUUUUUUUCUUAAAAGUACUUUAAAAAAGGAAAAUUUGUUUGUAUUUUUUAUUUACAUUUUAUAUUUUUGUACAUAUUGUUAGGGGUCAGCCAUUUUUAAUGAUCUCAGAUGACACCAGCCUUUGGAGUGUUCUGUGUCCUACUUCUGACUUUACUUGUGCUGUGACCAUGUUCAUUAUAAUCUCAAAGGAGAAAUAAAAACCUUGUAAAAAAAAAAAAAAAGCAACAACAACAACAACAAAAAGAA